GCGAACUCGGCUGGUUGUCCUCGCUCCCGAUAAACGGAAAGAUAAAAUAGAAACCAAAGCAAAACUAAACAGCAUAUAAGCGAAGUAAAAAUAAGCAAAGACUCGAUUUUGAAUUUUCGUCUUUCGUGUUUGUGUCGCGCGUGUUUUUGUGUGCAGUGUUGCAUGUGGCUCUUGGAGACUCGAAACUUAAAUAAAAACUAAGCAGUGCUUCGUGUGGGAACUUGUAUAAAAUGCUGGAAUUUUACCCAAUGCCCACGAAUCUGAAUCCAGUCGGUGGCGGCUUGUACUCGCUGCAGCAGAAUCAUGGCGGGGCUCGCUUCCUGGACAAUCCAAAUCCCGGCAGCAGCAGCAGCAACUCCCUGCACCUCAGCAACAACAAUCUGCCUACGAGCAUUUCCGGCAACAAUAGUCCCUCGGGAACGGCUUCAUUAACGGGACAGCAGCAGCAGCAGCAGCAACAUCAGCAACACCCCCACCAGCAACAUCAGCAACACCAGCAGCAGCAACACGCAGCCUCGACCACGCCAGUGCCAAUUAACAGCUGCCCCACGCCCACAGGACACAGCCCCCUUAGCAGCAGCAACAACAACAACAGCAACAAUAAUAACAAUAAUAGCAGCAGCAGCAGCAACCUCAACUCCGCCUGCAACACAUUAACAGCUGCUGCUGUUGCUGCUGCUGUGGCAGCUCCAUCGGCAGCAGCCACCUCAGUAGCCACCUCGCAAUUAGGCGGAGCAGUUGCUGCUGCCAUUGCUGCUGCUGCUGCUGCUGCCGCUGCGACGACAGCAACAUCGACGGGGCCCGCGGCAACAGGAAACGGAAAUGGCAAUGGAGCGGCUGCAGCAGCAACGAUAGCCUCCUCGGCAGCAGCGGCAUCCAAAUUGUCUGCCGAUUGUAGUGGGCGCACAGAAGUGGGCCACAUCAAGUGCGAGAAGAACUUCGAGCUGUGCGAGGGCUGUGGCCAGAAGAUCCACGACCGCUUCCUGAUGAACGUGGGCGAGGCCAACUGGCACGAGCAGUGCCUCGCGUGCUGCUACUGCGGGAUGCAGCUGCACCACACGUGCUAUGUGCGCAACUCGAAGCUGUACUGCAAGAUGGACUACGACCGGCUGUUCGGGGUCAAGUGCUCCUCCUGCUGCCAUGCGAUCCUGCCGCAGGAGCUGGUGAUGCGUCCGAUUCCGAACUUCGUCUUCCACCUGCCCUGCUUCGUGUGCUACGCCUGCCGGCUGCCGCUGCAGAAGGGCGAGCAGUUCCUGCUGCGGGACGGCCAGCUCUUCUGCUAUCGCCACGACCUCGAGAAGGAGAUGUUCCUGGCCGCCGCCGCUGCCCAGCACUGUGGCUUCGUGGGCCUGGACGAGGAGGAUCUGCUGAGGCCGCGGGAUGGGAGGAGGGGUCCGAAGCGACCCCGCACCAUCCUCACCUCGCAGCAGCGCAAGCAGUUCAAGGCCUCCUUCGACCAGUCGCCCAAGCCGUGUCGCAAGGUCCGCGAGGCCUUGGCCAAGGACACCGGACUCUCGGUUCGCGUGGUGCAGGUGUGGUUCCAGAACCAGCGGGCCAAGAUGAAGAAGAUCCAGCGCAAGGCCAAGCAGAACGGCGGCUCCGGCGGCUCGGGCUCCGGCAGUGGGCGUGGCACCGGCGGCAAUUCGAGCGCCACCGAUGACAAGGACACCAACGAGAAGGAGGACAAGUGCGUCAAGCAGGAGCUGGGCGGAGACAGCUCCGGCUAUCUGGGCGGACUGGACAGCACCUUCGCCAGCCAGCCCCUGAACCCCAACUUGCCCUUCUCACCGGAUGACUAUCCGGCCAACUCGAACGACAGCUUCUGCAGCUCCGAUCUCUCGCUGGAUGGGAGCAACUUCGACCAGCUGGACGACGACGCGGACUCGCUGUCGCUGAACAACCUGGAGCUGCAGUCGACCAGCUCCUCGGGCAACCAGCACUCGCACUCGCAUUCCCACUCCAAUCCCCACGACAUGCUGGCCAACCUGAACAACAGCCUGAUAAACCCCAUCGACAAGCUGUAUCUCAUGCAGAACUCGUACUUCAGCUCGGAACAUUAGAGGGCACCGAGGAGGCGGUCAAUGGAUAGAGACGAAUUUAUUAGCGUUAGAGUGGCAGGAUCCGAUCGGAAAGGACUUGGACAGAUCCUUGCUGUUACUUUACACGUAGCGCGUAGUUUGGCACCUUCGAGGCGGCGGCAUUAAGUUGGAGUUGUAGAACCAGAUACAA